CACUCAACACCGCCUACCUGCAGCUGUGUAAUUUAGUAUUGAUUUUUUGUUGACGCGGUCUUGGUCGUUUUAUCUUUUAAUAUCUUAUUUUUCACUAAUUUAAUUUCUUGAAACGUUCUAAAUACUCCAUUAUGAUUCGUUUUAUUCUUAUACAAAACAGAGCAGGUAAAACGAGGCUAGCAAAAUGGUAUAUGAACUUUGAUGAUGAUGAAAAACAAAAGCUCAUUGAAGAAGUACAUGCAGUUGUAACAGUCAGAGAUGCUAAACAUACAAAUUUUGUAGAAUUUCGAAACUUCAAAAUAAUUUAUCGGAGGUACGCUGGUUUAUAUUUUUGCAUUUGUGUGGACGUGGGCGAUAACAAUCUCUGUUAUCUGGAGGCCAUACAUAAUUUUGUUGAAGUCCUCAACGAAUAUUUCCACAACGUAUGUGAACUUGAUCUGGUGUUCAACUUCUACAAAGUAUACACUGUAGUUGAUGAAAUGUUUUUAGCAGGCGAAAUUCGAGAAACAAGUCAAACAAAAGUUUUAAAACAACUACUUAUGUUGAGUUCAUUAGAAUAAGUUAUUAUAUACGGAUGUGCAAAUAUUUUGCCUUACCAAUAUACAAUAUUUUAUAAUUUAUUUAUUUAUUAA